AAGUCGAGGUCUGGAGGUUCCACUGGGUCCGACCUGGCGGCAGAGAGGCUCCCCUGUCCCUGCAGGCAUGGCUGUGCACCGCGGCUCUGCACGGGCUGCACCCGCCUCAGAUAAAGUACAGAAAAACAAGCCUGCACAGACAUCAGGACUGAAACGGGGCAGCCGAAUGGAGAAAAUUUUAGGGUUUGAAUGGACAGAUUUAUCUAGCUGGCAGAGUGUCGUGACCCUGCUUAACAAACCAACGGACCCUGCAAACCUGGCUGUCUUUCGUUUUCUCUUUGCUUUCUUGAUGCUGCUGGACAUUCCCCAGGAACGGGGCCUUAGCUCCCUGGACCGAAAAUACUUGGAUGGGCUGGAUGUAUGCCGUUUCCCCUUGCUGGAUGCCUUGCGCCCACUGCCACUUGACUGGAUGUAUCUUGUCUACACCAUCAUGUUUCUGGGGGCACUGGGCAUGAUGCUGGGGCUGUGCUACCGGCUAAGCUGUGUGUUAUUCCUGCUGCCGUACUGGUACGUGUUUCUACUGGACAAGACGUCGUGGAACAAUCACUCCUAUCUGUAUGGUUUGUUGGCUUUUCAGUUGACAUUCAUGGAUGCAAACCACUACUGGUCUGUGGAUGGCUUGCUGAAUGCCCGAAAGAAGAAUGCUCACGUGCCCCUUUGGAACUACACAGUUUUGCGUGGCCAGAUCUUCAUCGUGUAUUUCAUCGCGGGUGUGAAGAAGCUUGAUGCUGACUGGGUUGGGGGCUACUCCAUGGAGCACCUGUCCCGGCACUGGCUCUUCAGUCCCUUCAAGCUGGUGUUGUCCGAGGAGCUGACAAGCCUGCUGGUAGUACAUUGGUGUGGGCUUCUCCUUGACCUCUCGGCUGGCUUUCUGCUCUUCUUUGAUGCCUCCAGACCCGUCGGCCUGUUCUUCGUGUCCUAUUUUCACUGCAUGAACUCGCAGCUCUUCAGCAUCGGGAUGUUUCCCUAUGUCAUGCUGGCCAGCAGCCCUCUCUUCUGCUCAACUGAAUGGCCUCGGAAGCUGGUAGCCCGAUGCCCGGAAAGGCUGCAGGAGCUGCUGCCUGCCAAAGCCGCUCCUCAGCCUAGUGCAUCCUGUGUGUAUAAGAGGGCCCGGGGCAAAGCUGGCCAGAAGCCUGGGCUUCGCCACCAGCUGGGAGCCGUCUUCACCCUGCUCUACCUCCUGGAGCAGCUCUUCCUGCCCUAUUCCCACUUCCUCACCCAGGGUUACAACAACUGGACAAAUGGGCUGUAUGGCUAUUCCUGGGACAUGAUGGUGCACUCCCGCUCCCACCAGCAUGUAAAGAUCACCUACCGUGACGGCCUCACCGGCGAGCUGGGCUACCUUAACCCUGGGGUAUUCACACAGAGCCGGCGAUGGAAGGAUCAUGCAGACAUGCUGAAGCAAUAUGCCACUUGCCUGAGCCUCCUGCUUCCCAAGUACAAUGUCACUGAGCCCCAGAUCUACUUUGAUAUUUGGGUCUCCAUCAAUGAUCGCUUCCAGCAGAGGCUUUUUGACCCUCGUGUGGACAUCGUGCAGGCUGUCUGGUCCCCCUUCCAGCGCACGCCUUGGGUGCAGCCACUCUUGAUGGACUUAUCUCCCUGGAGGACCAAGUUACAGGACAUUAAGAGCAGCCUGGACAACCACACUGAGGUGGUCUUCAUUGCAGAUUUCCCCGGGCUUCACUUGGAGAAUUUUGUGAGUGAAGACUUGGGCAACACUAGCAUCCAGCUGCUUCAGGGAGAAGUCACCGUGGAAUUGGUGGCAGAACAGAAAAAUCAGACUCUUCAAGAAGGAGAGAAAAUGCAGUUGCCUGCUGGAGAGUACCAUAAAGUCUAUACUGUAUCAUCUAGUCCUUCCUGCUACAUGUACGUCUAUGUCAACACUACAGAGGUCGCCCUGGAGCAGGACCUGGCAUAUCUGCAAGAAUUAAAGGAGAAGGUGGAAAAUGGAAGUGAAACAGGGCCUCUGCCUCCAGAACUUCAGCCUCUUUUAGAAGGGGAAGUAAAAGGGGGCCCUGAGCCAACACCUCUGGUCCAAACCUUUCUCAGACGACAAAGGAAGCUCCAAGAAAUUGAACGCAGGCGAAAUAGCCCUUUCCAUGAGCGAUUUCUCCGCUUCGUGCUGCGAAAGCUGUAUGUCUUUCGACGCAGCUUCCUGAUGACUCGAAUUUCACUCCGAAACCUGCUAUUAGGCCGCCCUUCCCUAGAGCAACUAGCCCAAGAGGUGACAUAUGCAAACUUGCGACCAUUUGAACCAGUUGAUGAGUCAAGUGCUUCAAACACAGAUUCUUCACAUCCUAAUCCUUCAGAGCCAGAUUCUGAGCAUGUUCACUCUGAGUUCUGAGGGACGUCCAGAUGCUCUGUGCAGAUGUGGGGGCAGCCUGUUAUAGGCUUAUUGUCUACGGAAAGGACAUUUUUUUGGAGAAAAAAAAA